CCCGCGGUCGGCUCGCUCAGUUGGGAGGACCCCAUGCUACUGAGCGGAGCUCCUCCUCCGGGCUCCGGCCCGGGGCCGCGGGCGCAGGGCAGCGCGGGGGGCGGCCCCGGGGGAUCUCGCCGCGGGGCUGGGGGUGCGGGGGCUGGCCCGGGAGGGGGCGGCAGCGGUGGAGUCGCAAAGUGGCUGCGGGAGCACCUGGGCUUUCGCGGGGGCGGCGGCGGAGGGGGCGCCAAGCCCGCCCCCCCAGAGCCGGACUACCGCCCCCCAGCGCCCUGCCCGGCCGCGCCCCCUGCGCCGCCCCCGGACAUCCUGGCCGCCUACAGGCUGCAGCGUGACCGCGACUUCGAGGACCCCUACUCCGGGGGCUCCUCCGUGUCCGCCGCCCUUUCCACCCCCGCCGCCCCUGGCCCCACUCCGCCCCCGCGCCACGGCUCACCCCCUCACCGCCUCAUUCGGGUCGAGACCCCCGGCCCCCCAGCUCCCCCUCCGGAGGAGCGGAUCUCCGGACCCCAUGCCAGCAGCGACAGGCUGGCAAUCUUAGAAGACUACGCAGACCCCUUUGAUGUUCAGGAGACCGGUGAAAGCUCGGGGGGAACUUCAGUAGCUCCAGAGAAGGUCCCCGAAAAUGAUGGCUACAUGGAGCCUUAUGAGGCCCAAAAGAUGAUGGCUGAGAUCCGGGGUUCGAAGGAGACUUCAGUCCAGCCCCUACCUCUCUAUGAUACACCCUAUGAACCUGAGGAUGAGGGGGUGAGCCCAGAAGGUGAGGGGACUCCCUGGCCCAGGGAAUCCCGCCUGCCCGAGGAUGAUGAGAGGCCUCCAGAAGAGUAUGACCAGCCCUGGGAGUGGAAGAAGGAACGGAUUUCCAAAGCCUUUGCUGUUGACAUAAAGGUCAUCAAAGACCUACCUUGGCCUCCGCCUGUGGGACAGCUGGACAGCAGCCCCUCCCUGCCUGACGGGGACAGGGACAUCUCCGGUCCAGCUUCACCCCUCCCAGAGCCCAGCCUGGAGGACAGCAGCGCCCAGUUUGAAGGAUCGGAGAAGAACUGCCUGUCACCCGGCCGGGAGGAGAAGGGGCGGCUCCCUCCCCGGCUUUCUGCUGGGAACCCCAAGUCAGCCAAGCCCCUAGGCGUGGAACCCAGCAGCCCCCUUGGGGAGUGGACAGAUCCAGCAUUGCCUCUGGAAAACCAGGUCUGGUACCAUGGGGCCAUCAGCCGAACGGACGCCGAGAACCUGCUCCGGCUCUGCAAAGAGGCCAGCUACCUGGUGCGCAACAGUGAGACCAGCAAGAACGACUUCUCUCUCUCCCUCAAGAGCAGUCAGGGCUUCAUGCACAUGAAGCUGUCCCGGACCAAGGAACACAAGUACGUGCUGGGCCAGAACAGCCCACCCUUCAGCAGCGUCCCUGAAAUCGUGCACCACUAUGCCAGCCGCAAGCUGCCCAUAAAGGGGGCGGAACACAUGUCCCUGCUCUACCCUGUGGCCAUCCGGACUCUGUAGAUGUGAGACCAGGGCGCUACGAUAGACCUGGACCCAGCCUUUGUCACCUGCCUGAGGGCUGUGGUCCUCACCCAGGACACGAUGUCACCAACCUGGCUCCUCCUUGUCCUAGGAUCUAGCGGGCGCUGAAGAUUCCUUAAUUUAUUAGAAAGGGGAAGGAAUCCUGGGCCUUGGAGUGCAGGGGGGUUGUGUGGGGCUGGGCACAGAGGGAAGCCCGAGGAGGAAGGAGGCUCCCGCACCGCCGCCCUCCGCCCCGUCCCCUGUCUCCAUCCAUCCAUCUAUCCAUCCCCCCCCCCCCCCCCCGGCCCCUGUCCCCGGAGGGCCAGCCGGGGCUCGGGGGCUGCCGGGAGGGGCGGGGGCGAGCGCAGACUGUUUAUAAAGCCGCGCUGGAGCGGUCGCCGGCCGCCGGCGAAAAGCA